AUGAUGAGACCUCGUAAGGUUCGUGUUGCUACUGCCUGUGGUACCUCCAAACCCUUCGUGGCUACUCGUUCCGUCCCUCAAGGCAGCGUUCUUGCCUGCCUACUCUUCAACUUAUCCAUGGAGGUAUGCAACACCUCACUUGCGAUUGGUACGCCGUCUCUAUCGCCCAAGAUAGUUCUCCCAGACGGUAUCAUCAAGAUUAUAAACCGUCUUCUCUUUGCUGAUGAUCAGACCAUCUUAGUUCAUGGACGCAACUUGCCUAUAUGUGUCACUGAGAUGAAUAACCGUCUUAAAAGCGCUGCGUUGUGGGCAGAACGGUCCAUGAACCAGUAUGCACCAGAGAAAAGUUUCGUUGUUCCCCUUGGUAAUCGCUUGCGAGAGACCAGCAAUUCUCAGUUCACACUCCGGGAUAGCGAGAUCGAGGUUGUCUUCAACUUCUCUUACCUUGGAGUUGAUCUUUUGAGUUCUAAGAGAGUUCUCUGGGCUCCUCUACAUAGGAAAGCCAAGGCGACUGCUGCGGUUUCUGCUGCUCUACACGUGUACCGAGCUAUGGCUCCGGUUUUCAUUGUGAGACUUGCUGUGACGGUUGGAUGGAGCGCUUUACUUUAUGGUCAUGACCUUGCUUUUCCGAAGCCUAGUGCUCUUGAUACUUGCUGCAACAAUCUCCUCAAGAUCGGUCUUGGGUUGCCCACCUGGACUCCAACUGCCUUUCUGUAUCUAGCACUACACGUGCCUGUGGCCAGUGCUAUUCAUCUGAAGAGGUCCCUCAUAUCAUGGAAUACUAUUUUCCAUUGUGAUGCAAUUCACCGGUGUCUCUUGUCUAAAACAAUGGCCGACGAAUCCUCGGAUAUGUGGCGUGGGUUUAUUGCGUUUGGUAGCAAAGUCGUAUUUGCUCGAGCAGCAUUUUGA